AGAAGAGGAGAAAAUACAUAAAAUUUAUAGAUAUAUAAGUUAUCUGUGAAAAGUUAUCAAUAUAGGAAGUAUCUUAUUUGGAAUGCUACCGCGGCUGUGUAUAUUGUUGCUACCGUUACUGCUGUUCAAAUUUGUGGAAGCCGAGUCGCCACAAUGCUUUCAUUUCACCUGGAUAGGACCCUAUGCGAACAAGACGAACAUUGCCAAGGAAACCUGCGAGGCAAGAGUUGGUGAUUUCAAUGAGAUACCCUGUGAAAUGCCAUUGGUGGCUACCCUCAAUGAUACGGUGCCAGAUGCAAAGGCGUUGUGGCAGAACGAGACUUUGAACCGUGAUAAAUAUCUGUGCCAGAUGUCGCCCGGUUUAUCGUGUGUCAAGUACUCGUACAUAUUCAAGGGCGGCAUUCAAAACAUAACUUAUAUGUGCGCCAAGGUGAACAGCACAAAUGGCUGCUACCGGCAAAAGCAUUCGACGGGCAUGCAGGUUGAGGCCUGUGUUUGCACCUCCAAGCUGGGUCUGAUACCCUGUAAUAAUAGCCCAACAACGAAUGCUCAACAAUCUCUGGGCUUGGCCAUAGCACUGCUCAGCGUGUUAAUAAUUGUUAAAUAAACAAAAAAAUAUAUAAAUAAUGUACUCGA